AUGGCGGUUGGAAAGAACAAGCGCCUGUCCAAGGGAAAGAAGGGCAUCAAGAAAAAGGUCGUCGACCCCUUCACCCGCAAGGAGUGGUACGACAUCAAGGCCCCCUCGUUCUUUGAGAACCGCAACGUCGGCAAGACUCUUGUCAACCGUUCGCAGGGUCUCCGCAACGCCAACGACUCGCUCAAGGGCCGUAUCGUUGAGAUCUCGCUCGCGGACCUGAACAACGACCAGGACCAGUCGUUCCGCAAGAUCAAGCUGCGUGUUGAGGAUGUUGCCAACAAGAACUGCCUCACCUCGUUCUACGGCAUGGACUUUACGACCGACAAGCUGCGCUCGCUCGUUCGCAAGUGGCAGACUCUGAUUGAGGCUUCGGUCGACGUCAAGACCACUGACGGCUACAUUCUCCGCCUCUUCGCCAUCGGCUUCACCCAGCGCAACCGCAACCAGGUGAAGAAGACCACCUACGCCCAGAGCUCGCAGGUUCGCGAGAUCCGCGCCAAGAUGGUUGAGAUCAUCCGCCGUGAGGCCGAGGGUUCGGACCUCAAGGAGCUCGUGCAGAAGUUUGUCCCCGAGUCGAUCGGCCGCGAGAUCGAGAAGGCCUCCAAGGGCAUCUACCCCCUGCACAACGUCUACAUCCGCAAGUGCAAGAUUGUCAAGGCGCCCAAGCUCGACAUGAGCAAGCUCCUUGAGACCCACGGCGAGGCUGCUGACGCUUCGGGCUCCAAGGUCGUCAAGGGCGGCGACUUUGUCGAGCCCGAGAUCCUUGCCUCGGUCUAA